CUCCAGUGCAGCUGAGAGUUUCAGAGGAAGGCAGGAUGAGAUGAGGGGCAGAGUCACUUUAAGAUUAUGGAGAACUUCUAGAGCUUUUAUAAAGCCAGAGACCACUGGAAGCCUCUUAAGGAAAAGGGAGACAAGCUGAAACUUUGCAGCAUGGGGAAUAACCCUGGGAAAGAGCGGCAAGGAUCCAUCGGUACAGCUGAUGCGUUUCAAACUCCUCCCACAUCUCCGACCUCUUCCCUCCCUCCUGUUUUACCUGGAAACGCCCAACUUCUCCCAAGCCCCACCCACACAGACCCCACACCCUCUCCUGAGGCAACACACUCCCCCACUGCAACUGGCCCAGACGGCUGUCUAUCAUCAGACGGAGUUCGAUAUGAAAACAGAAAAGCAUCUGUAUCUCUUCAAAAGCCCAGUGAUGGUUCAAUAAUCCCCUGCGAGCCAAAGCCGAAUUCAACGUCCACAUCACCUGUGCAGGUGGAGACGCCCUCUGCUGUUGAGGGAGAAGUGGAGCAAGGGCUUCUACAUGAGUGUGUGGUUUCGUUAGGGCUCUGUGUGACAGAUGAGAAGACACACACACUUUCGGAUCUGCUGCGGUGCUUUCUGACUGAGAGGGAGCAAAUGAAGGACGAGUUGAGGAGUCUGAAGGAAAAAAUGCAGACAGACCACAGCGAGUGGCUCCAAUUCCAGUCUGACCUGCAGGUGGCGUUAGUGGUGGCAGACCGGAUGAGAGCCGAAGCUGAAGAAGAACUGAGCGUGCUCCGAGCGGCACGGGAGAACUGGGAGAGGCAGCUGACCAACUCCCAACAGGGUCAGCGAGAAGUUGAAGGACAAGUGGAGCGCCUAAAAGCAGAGCUCGAACAAAGAAAACAAAGAACUGGCCAAAGGUUGGAGCCUCCCAGUCAGCAGGGGGCGACAGAAGGGUGUGCAAGGAUCACUGUGGGAAAACAGGGGGAUGAGCAAAGAACAGGGGAGGAAAAGAGGAAAGAGAAAGUGAUGGAAACUACAGAGAAACUAAAAAAACAGUCAGCGUCUCCCUCCAGCCUAUUAAAUGGUACAUCCCAGACUCCUUUAGCACUGAACACAAAUCCUCUGAACAAAAACAACAAUCUAACAACAACAACAACAAGAGAAAGACCAAAUAUGGACCAGCAGGACAACUUGAUUAAUUUAUAUAAAGUAGAUAAAAAGGAGGACAAUCCAACUUUACACCUGUCUCCUGUUAUAGACCUUUCUCCAAACAAAACUAGCAAGAUAAAGCCUCAGGAGGACUUCAGUAAGCUGCUCAGACGUCACGGAGGAUCCAAACGCAACUCGCUACUGCGCUGGAGUCAGAACAGAACCAGCGGAUAUAAGAACAUCGAGAUCACAAACUUCAGCAGCAGUUGGAUGGACGGCUUGGCUUUCUGUGCCGUGUACCAUAGUUAUCUCCCGUCACACAUCCCCUACAACACACUCAGGCCGGAGAACAAGAGAGAAAACCUCUUGCUGGCUUUUCGGACAGGAGAGAGUGUGGGAAUUGCUGCGUCACUUACUGCAGAUGAGAUGCUGAGGACUGAAGGCCCCGACUGGCAAAGGGUUCUGGGAUACGUAGAGAGCAUAUACCGCCAUUUUGAGAUGUGACCCCUGGAACAUUAAUUACCCCACAUUGUUUCCUUUGGAUUCAUUUUGUUUCAAACUACUUCUCAGACUUCGGCGAGACGUUCUACAAGCCGGCUUUACAUUAGAGCUCCACCGUGUGGAGAAAUUAUUAUAAUGUGGAAAAAAAUAUAUAUAUAUCAACAAGCAAAGUAAUCUGGACUGAGUUAGAGCACAGAAUAACACAAUUUUCAUAUUUCACAUUAGCAUUCCUGGUAUAAAAAAAAAAAAAAAACCUAUAAUAUUAGGAUGAGAAUUAAUCAGUAAGAUAUUUUUACCUUAUUUUCAUUGAGGUAAAAACAACACGUUCAUGUUUGUAAAGCAUGCAGUGGAGGAACUGUGAGUGUUAAGUGUGUGAUAAAGCCACUUCAGAGUGUGUUAGAAAAUAAUAAUCAGCAAAACAUGUGUGUCACAAGGCUGGGUUAAUAUUACACUAUCAAAGUGCAUUAUUUUCAUAUAACAGCAAAUCCCAGGUUGCCAGAUCUUAAUGAGUAAUCCCCCAUGGGCCGUGCUAAAAAACCUGCCCACUGGGACUAAAAACUAGCCUAAAUUAUAUCAGUACUAUAACAUGUACUGUAACAUAGGUUUAAAUUUAAAACAUGCAUUUUCAUAUUUAGUUUCAUUAAAAUUUACCUCAUUUUUAUUACCUGCUCAUGACAUUUUUCUAGUGCAAGGUGAUAAUAAGUAGCCAAACUGGGUUGGUGUUUUAUUUCUCUUCAGCCACAGUAGUUUCCCAUGAUUAUUAUAAUUUUUUUAUUAAACAAAAUAAAACAUCAAAUACGUGACAUACAAAAACAAGUUAGUUUCUGUUUUCACUUACAGUGCAGCAGUUACAAACAGUUAUUUAAAAUGAUAAAAUUAGGAUUAUUGACCAUUUAAAUCCCUGCACCUGACCGGUUCCUGUAGCCAGGAAAUCUAUUAAGAUAAUUGUCACCUAUUUAAUAAACUAAACAAUUCAGGCAGAACUUGGUAAAGAUUAUUUUAAAGCGGAUUUCCAAAAAUAUAAGUAAUAUCGUACUAAAGAGUCGAUAUAGCACUGAGAAACUAACCCAGGAAGUGAGCUAGCAAUCUGACGAUGGUGACCUCUGGUGGUAUGAUAUGGCCUUUACCGCGGGGGUUCGUUUUUAAGAACACUGUUUUGGCUAUGGAUUACUUUUGGAAAAGCAAAUUUCCAAAGAAUGUUAGGGCAAUUUGUGAAAGACUACACUAUAGAUGACUACUGUACUGUAUCCAACAGUAAAGUAUCCACGGUAUUGCCUGCUAAAAAUACUGUGAUGCUCUGUUGUAGCCCAGUGUCCAUGCAUCAUUAUAUCACUCGCGCCAAGCAUGAAAGUGAGCGCCAGACAUAACUGCGUUCAACCCUACAAAUGCAUUGGAAAACACGCUCCUGUGACAUCACGUCAGUACGUUUAGUGAUGCUAAAUAGUUAGCAGGCAUUUGCAAACAUUUGCGCAUGGCUGUCUUUAGAUAUCAUUUUACCUUAUCUGAUCAUUAACUUCAUUUAACUGAUCAAAUCUAACUUAAACCCCACCCUUGCAGACCCUGAGGCGCUGGUGAUUUGGCUGUCGUUUCAGGCCUGGAGUUUGUAUAAAAGCUUGCAUUUGGUAGGAGUCAGGUAACUGUGAGUCACUUACUGGUGUAUUUUCAAAGGUAUGAGCACUGAUAAGAUUCUUCAUGUAAAGACAAGUCCAGGUGUUGUUAUUUACGCACUCAUUUUCAUUUCACGCCACUGUUGGACUGACUUCACUGAAACAGCCUGUUUUAUGCAGUUACAAGCAUUCCCACACUUCUACGAUAGUUCAUGUAUGGCUUUUGUAGUGUGAUUUAUCAGAGAGGAUGAGUGUGUUGUGACUUUCCACUGGAGGAGGACGGGAUGCAUCAUGUUUGGAUUCACGGCAUUGUACAGAAAGGACCUCCUGGAAAACAUGGACUUUAGAAUAAACUCCUUUAUUGCAUUUCUUGUUUGUCUUUGUGUAUUAACAAUUAAAGUGCCUUUAAUGUGAUGUUAAAACUUCAGUCUUGUGCCAAAGUCAGUAACAUUAUUAAUAAAGAAAUAUUUUCUUUA